UUCAUUUCCACAAAAAUGCAGUCCUUUAAGAUAUGCACCUUUGAUAAAUUUGCCGGCGUUGAAAACUUCCAAAAACGCGUUUAAACAUUAUAUGCCAUAGGAGCUUCUAGCUCCUUAUACGUACAUUUGUACAUGUUUUGCUUAAAUGAAACAUGACUGCACGUUUAUAAUUGCUGAAACAACUGUUGGUGAUCAGAAAAUUGAACCAGCUAGCUGGCCAAUGCCUGAAGGUGGCAUGACCAUCGUGCUCACCAUUCAAAUUUUGCAUAGAAUUAUAACUCUAAUCGCCCUUUUCCUAUAAAUAUCAAAGAAGGAUGUCUUUCCUAUAUAUCAUAAUUGUCAUCUCAUCUUCAUUUAGUAAUUGUUAGGAGAAAAUGAAGAUGUCAGCUGCAGCGGCUGCUUUGGCUCUACCCCUAAUUGGUCUCAUCCUUGUGAACUUCACAGGGCAAUGCCACGCUGCUCUUCAGGUGGGAUUUUACAAGGAUAAAUGUAUGUCAGAUACAGAUGUUGAGGACAUUGUUUCCUCUGCAGUCGCACGAAGAGUCAACAGGGAUAGAGGACUUGCAGCUGCUCUCAUUCGUUUGCAUUUCCAUGACUGCUUUGUCAAUGGAUGUGAUGCAUCAAUUCUCCUAGACGGUGCCUCCAGUGAGAAAACUGCACCUCCAAAUCUAAGUGUGAGGGGUUAUGAUGUUAUUGAAGAAGCAAAGCGUGACGUGGAGGAAGCCUGUCCAGGAGUCGUUUCUUGUGCUGAUAUCAUAGCCAUGGCUGCCAGAGAUGCAGUAGAGUUGAGUGAAGGAGGGCGAUACAAUGUUGAGACGGGCCGUAGAGACGGUUUGAUAUCUUUGGCUUCGAAUGUAGAUCUCCCCUCUCCAACAUUUUCAGUUUCUCAAUCCAUGGCAGCAUUUUCGAAAAAAGGACUUAAUCUUACAGAUAUGGUUUUACUUCUUGGUGGUCACACAGUUGGGUUUACACAUUGUUUACUCUUCCAAGACCGCCUUUACAAUUUCCAGAACAGCGGGAAGCCAGACCCGACAAUGGAUCUAAUGUUACUUAAGCAACUGAGAUUUAUCUGUCCACAAAAUUCAACACGCAACACACCUGUUAGUCUUGACCAGAAUCUUCUCAGUACAUUUAUUGUCGACAAUUCCUUCUACAAGCAAAUAAUAGGCAAAAGAGGAGUCCUUCAAAUUGAUCAAGAGCUGGCCCUGGACCCCUUGACCAAAGACACAGUGUUCAGUUUAGCCACCUGCAAUGGCUUCCCUGUUAGGUUCGGACAGGCAAUGGUUAAGAUGGGAGCUGUUGAUGUCCUUACAGGCUCACAGGGGGAGAUUAGGAAAUCAUGCAAUGUUACCAAUAAUGAUUCCAACGUCCUUGGUUUUUGAUUGAUCUGUCUUUUGCUCUUUUUUUUUUAUAUUUCUUGGAUGAAUAUUCUUUUUUUUUUCUUGGUCCUUGUUCUGAUUUGAUGGUCCUUAACUUCUAUAAAAUAAGUGUACUAAAUGAGUGCACGUAGCACUGUCCUUUCUUAUUAUGUUGAGUUCCAAUUUCUUGAUUACGUCUCUGAUCUUCGUUGGCUGCGAGUAAAUUAGUUAGAAACUAUGUACAUAUUAUGGAACUUGAUUCUCCGACCCUGUCUAUCCAUAUGAACAAAAAUGGGCAGUAUGUGGCAACUCAACUGUUGGUAAUGAGGUGUCAUAAGGAUCCAAUUGGUGA